CUCGAGGUUGCGUGAUUCCCUCAAAUCCAUUAAAGAGAAUUAUGACAUGAUACUCUCUCGAGGAAAGAUGGAUAACCAGGCAGUAAUAAGUCGUAGUGACAGUUAUGCACAAGCUGCACAAGAGAAUUUCGAGUGUAAUGUUAGAGGCGCUAAUAUCGUGAAUGCCUGUGAAAAUAUCACACGCUUAUUGUCGGAGGUUAAGCAGUUGUUAAUCUUAGGGGACUUUUGUUGGCUUGAGUUAAUAACCAAAGAGGGUGCCGAAGAACGCAAUAGAAGACGAACAGAACUUGACGCGGUCGCGAUGCAACUGCGUGACGAGAUCUCGCGCGAUCUUUACGCCCUUGAAGAGACACUUGGCGCCUCCUCCAGUCGCCGUCGCUCGCCACUAAGUCAAGAAACUGAGGACAAGAAGCUGGAGUCAUGA